AUGAAGAGCCGGGGCCCUCUCCCAAACAGCAACGCCAUGCUGCUAACUUUCGGCAACCCCCUGGCCUUCGACCUUCUGUUGACAAUGGAGCACCAGGGCGAGCCAGUGGAUGGCUCUGGGACGGUCAUUCGGCCGAGGGCCUCAAUCACAUCGGGCUGGCUGCAGCUGAACUUCAUGCAGCGGCUGGCUGAGGGCGAUGACUUCUAUGCGUCAAUGGUGCCAAAGGACCGGAGCGACGGGGCGGGCGUCGUGUGUUUUAUGGCUAUCACGAAUUGGCGGCCGUUCGCGAGCACAAAGAGGGCCAGGAGAUUGAGAAGCAAUGAAAAUGCUGCCGUCGAGUGGGCCGUUGGAAAGGGCGCCUGAGCACACAGCCCUUCC